AAUCAUCAUAUGAUGACAUCAUUUCCAAAGUGAUCUGAUCCACCAGGACCUCCUGCUGUCUACCAGCUGAGACCAAAGAAGAGAACAUUGGACUCUAAGAAGAAUGACUCUCGGUGAAAGAAAUGUGAACAAGAUAAACAAAACCAUCUUGCUUGUGGGUGAAACAGGAACAGGAAAAUCUACUCUGAUCAACUCUGGUCAACUACGCCAUGGGAGUGAAGUGGGAGGACGAUGUCUGGUUUCACAUCGUAGAGGACAAGAAGAAGAAAGAGGAUGAGGAAAGAAGCCAAACAGUGAGUCAGACAUCAGAUGUGAUGGUGUACCAGAUCUUUGGUUUUGAAGGUGAAACUCUGCCCUACUCUCUGACCAUCAUCGAUACUCCUGGAUACGGAGACACCAGAGGGAUCAAACAAGAUGACAUCAUCAGUCAGAGAUUAUUAGACUUGUUCCGCUCAGGAGAACUUCAUGAGAUGGAUGCAGUGGGUCUGGUGCUGAAAGCGAGUGUGAAUCGACUGAGUGACCGACUGAGGUACAUCUUUGAUUCAGUGGCGUCUCUGUUUGGAAAAGACAUGGAGAAGAACAUUGUUGCUCUCAUCACACACUCAAAUGGUCUGAUACCUGAAAAUGUUCUGAAAGCUCUUGAUGCUGCAAAAGUGAAAUGUGCCAGAAAUGAAAAGAAUCAGCCUGUUUACUUCCUGUUUGAUAACUGCCAGGACACAGAGAGAACACAGGGAAACAAGUCUGUUUUUGAGACUGCAUGGGAAACAUCAAUGAGAGGAAUGAAUGAAUUUACAUACUUUCUAGAAAAAUCUGGGCCUCAAAAUGUGAAGACAACCGUUGACGUGUUGAAGACACGAAUCAGACUGACAGCCUGCAUCCAAAACCUGAAAGAGAGAGUUGAGUUCACUGAACAGAAACAGAGAGAAAACCAACAGAUUCAGGAAGCUCUGAAGAAACAUGAAGAAGAGAUGAAGAGAAAUGAAGAGUUCACUGUAGAGGUUGAUGAGAAAUAUAAAGAAAAAGAAAUAUCAAGGUGGGAGGUGGGGGUUGUUUUUAUGAGGAGCUGUCUGCUGUACAGUCUGUGAGGAGAACUGUCACUAUCCUGGAUGCACAGGCCUGGUAUCCUGAACACUGUGAGGUCAUGAAAGAUGGCCGCUGCACUUCAUGUACCAGGAAGUGUCCUGUAUCAGAUCAUGUGAAAGAAAAGUGGAUCUAUGUGACCAAGACAAG